UAAUAGGAAGUGGCGCUUUAAUAUUUUCUCAAUGAAAAAUGUAUAACAUGUUUUCUAGCAAUGAACUGUAGUGGUUAUUAUUGUUUACGAAACUAAAUAAUGUAAAAGAAAAGGCUGUUAUGCCACAAUUUAGCUGGUUGUCCAUAUGUCUGAGUUUCAGGGUGUUGAUGUGGAGUGAGGGAUCUCGCUAAAUUAAGAGCAUCUUGGGCAAAUAUGGCGUCGGUGAUACCAGUGCGAAAUUCUCUGAGAAUGCUGAGACGUCUGCCUCAGGUUGUGUCCCAUCGCCUCCAACAAUGUCCCAGGCUCCAGGCCACUGGACCAGCCCCUGUGUGUCAUAUCUCCACACCCCUCGCUUCAGUUCAAUGGAGAGGCUUCAGAUCAAGCCAUGUGGUGUCUGGACAGAUGCUUCAGUUCAAACUCUCAGAUAUUGGAGAGGGCAUCAUGGAGGUCACUUUAAAAGAGUGGUAUAUCAAGGAAGGGGAUCGAGUCUCCCAGUUUGACCGCAUUUGUGAGGUCCAGAGUGACAAAGCGUCCGUCACUAUCGCGAGUCGUUAUGACGGAGUCAUUCGUAAGCUGUAUUAUGACGUAGAUGCUACUGCUCUUGUUGGUUCCCCUCUCGUGGACAUUGAAACAGAAAGAGCAAUAGAGGGCGUUCCAGAGGAAGAUGUGGUCGACACUCCAGCAUUAUCCCAUAAACAACUACACCAGGAAAUUAAGGACCAGAAAACUCAGGCAACACCGGCAGUGCGCCGUCUGGCCAUAGAAAACAAUAUUAAGCUCAGUGAGGUGGUCGGGACAGGAAAGGAUGGCCGUAUUCUAAACGAGGACAUACUUAAUUUCUUAGCAAAGCAGACAGGAGCCAUCCUGCCUUAUGAGAAGAAAACCCCAACACCAGUGAUGGCAAAACCCACAGCAGACUCCCCACCCAAAGAGAAGAAGCCUGUCAUGGCUCCUCCAGCGAUCCCUCAACCGGUCUUCACUGGGAAAGACAGAACCGAGCCACUAAAUGGUUUCCAGAAGGCCAUGGUAAAGACCAUGACUGCUGCUCUGAAGAUCCCUCACUUCGGUUACUGUGAUGAGGUGGACCUGACACAGCUAGUGCGGUUAUGCUCAGAGCUGAAGGGGCUCACGGAGUCUCGGGGGGUCAAACUCGGCUUCAUGCCUUUCUUCAUAAAGGCUGCAUCUCUUGGCCUCCUGCAGUUCCCUGUUCUCAAUGCCUCUGUGGAUGAAGACUGCCAGACCAUUACAUAUAAGGCAUCUCAUAAUAUUGGCUUGACCAUGGACACUCCUCAGGGACUCCUGGUGCCCAACGUGAAGAGUGUUCAGAGCCUUAGUGUGUUUGAUAUCGCGGUGGAGAUUAACCGUCUGCAGGCUUUGGGUUCAGCAGGACAGCUGGGCACUGAUGACCUCACUAGUGGAACCUUUACUCUGUCCAACAUCGGCUCGAUUGGAGGGACGUUUGCCAAGCCAGUGAUUCUGCCCCCGGAGGUGGCCAUCGGAGCUUUGGGAAAGAUCCAAGUGCUGCCCAGGUUUAACUCCUGUGAUGAGGUGGUGAAGGCACACAUCAUGAAUGUUAGCUGGUCCGCUGAUCAUAGAGUAAUAGAUGGCGCUACCAUGAGCCGCUUCUCCAACCUAUGGCGCUCUUACCUGGAAAACCCAGCUGCCAUGGUCCUCGAGCUCAAAUGAAUGCUACUAUAGAAAUCACCUCCCUGGAGUGUCUCUUUCUGGUUUCCCAUGGCUGCAAAUCAAUGGUUUGUGGCAAUCGUGUGAAACUCAAGUUUCUGCUUUCACAUUCUUUUGUCGCCUUAUUACAGAUUAAAGACUGCUACUGUAACGUAGAAUUGCAAAAGCCUUGUGUUACUGAAAGUGCUUUUGAGUUGUAGAUUUAAUUUUCUGAAAGUUUUUGACAAAUUCAUAUACAUGGUUGGAAAGGAACUUGAAUGAGCCUACACUUUUGCACAUGUAAAAUUCUGAAAAGUCCUUUUAGGUUUUUAUAAUGGAAAGGGCUUGUGUGUGGGAUGGAGACGGACACCAACUGGCUCUUGGGUUGGAAUGGAGAAGUAUACGAACUGUAGCAUCUCAUUGUCCAUUAACUUUAACUGAGACCUCAUUCACACAACAAGCCUGUGUAUAGCUCACAGACAGCCACUUCAUCUAAAACCACUUGAAGCCUCUGCGGACAUUGUUCAGUGGUGAAGCACCACCACAUAAAUGUUGGACAAACAAUUGGACCACAUAUGGAAAGCUUGUAACCGAGUUAUGGAAAUGGUUAAAACAUAUUAACGGGUUGUAUUAACAGAAUGUGUGGCUUGUUGUAGUUUACAUCAGAUAAAUAUUAAACUUGCCCAUUUGUCUCAAGGAUCUAUGUGUUGUGCCUAAUGAAAUGCUAUUCUGCUCACUACAUUUGUAGUGUUUAUCGGAGUUACCUUAGCCUUUCUGUCAGCUCAAACCAGUCUGGCCAUUCUCCGUUGAACUCUCUAAUCAACAAGGCAUUUACAUCUGCAGAACUGAUGCUCACUGGAUGUUUUUAGCACCAUUCUGAAUAAACUCCAGACACUGUUGUGUGUGAAAAUCCCAGAAGAUAACCAGCAAUCAUGCCAUGGUCAAAAUCACUGAGAUCACAUUUUUCCCCAUUCUGAUGGUUGAAGUGAACAUUAACUGAAGUUCCUGACCUGUAUCAGUAUGAUUUUAAACAUUGCACUUCUGCCACAUGAUUGGCUGAUUAGAUAAUCACAUGAAUAAGUAGGUGUACAGGUGUUUCUAAUAAAAGUGCAAAUCCACUUCCUAUGGAGGUCUAUGGGACAAUAUGGGGAGUGUUGUCCAGUAGACCUCCAUUGUAAGCCUUUUUUUCUCUAGGCUUAACUGUAAUGUGGUUACUGCAUAUGCUACAGCUGAUCUACCAUACAUGUUU